CUUCCGAUAAUUGUUUUUCGUUAUAGAUUUUCCCAAUUUUCUUCUCUCCAUCUCUCUAAUAUAUAUUUCCCCAAUUUGAACAAUCAAUCAAUCGGAGUGAGUAAUAAUGGCAACUCGGUACUGGGCUGUGUCUCUCCCCGUGGCGCAAGGCUCCUCCGCAUCCGCCCUUUGGAAUCGCCUCCAGGAAUCCAUCUCCAAAAAUGCAUUCGACACACCCCUUUACAGAUUUAACAUUCCGAAUCUUCGGGUGGGCACACUAGAUUUGCUAUUGGCACUCAGCGAUGAUCUUUUGAAGUCGAACAAUUUUAUUGAAGGGGUGUCUCACAAAAUUCGGAGACAGAUCGAGGAUUUGGAGAGGGUUUCGGGUGUGAUGAGUAGCUCUCUCACAGUUGAUGGGGUGCCCGUUGACUCAUAUCUCACUAGAUUUGUCUGGGAUGAAGCAAAAUAUCCGACAAUGUCUCCACUUAGGGAGAUUGUGGAUGGCAUUCAUGUACAAAUUGCCAAGAUUGAGGAUGACCUCAAGGUUCGUAUUGCUGAAUAUAGCAAUGUGCGCAGCCAACUAAAUGCCAUAAACCGGAAGCAAGCUGGAAGCCUGGCUGUUCGUGACCUGUCCAAUUUGGUAAAGCCGCAGGAUAUUAUUACUUCAGAACAUUUGACAACCCUACUUGCUGUUGUGCCAAAGUAUUCACAGAAAGAUUGGUUAUCAAGCUACGAGGGACUCACAUCUUAUGUAGUCCCCAGAUCCUCCAAGAAGCUACACGAGGACAAUGAAUAUGCUCUAUAUACUGUAACGUUAUUCAAUCGCGAUGCUGACAAUUUUAGAACCAAGGCACGUGAAAGAAAUUUCCAAAUUCGUGAUUUUGAAUAUAAUCCAGAAACACAAGAGACCCGGAAGCAGGAGCUUGAAAAACUUACGCAAGACCAGGAAACAUUAAAAAGCUCUCUGUUGCAAUGGUGCUAUACCAGUUAUGGAGAGGUACUCUGUGUGUGUGUGUGCGCGCUCUCUAUAAAGGUGUUCAGCUCCUGGAUGCACUUCUGUGCAGUACGUGUCUUCACUGAAAGCAUUCUGCGAUAUGGUCUGCCGCCGUUGUUUUUGUCUGUUGUGUUAUCACCAUCUGUGAAAAGCGAGAAGAAAGUUCGUUCAAUUCUUGAGGGACUGUGUGAUAAUUUAAACAGCACUUACUGGAAAAUUGAGGAAGAUGGAGGAGGGAUGGGUGGCUUUGCAGGUGAUGCAGAUUCACAUCCUUACGUCUCCUUCACAAUAAAUCUUGUUUAAGCCAAGGUAUGGCAUUGUGCUGUUCAAUUUCCCAUCGGUGUGAUCUUAGUGGUCUCCAAAAGAAUAAGGACAGAUGCGGCUUUUGUAUAAUAGAGUAAAUUAUUCAAUUUGUUGCAUUAAGUACAUGCUGCUUCUCAAUCCUCCACUGCAAACUUUUGAGCCUGUAGAUGUAUUUCAAUUUGUAGCAGUUUUCGUCAUUGUCCAUCUACGUUUGGUUUUCCAGUUGUGUUGGAGCCACAGCUUUAAUGUAUUGUCAGCCGUGAGUUCUUUAAUAAUACACACUCUUGGCUUCUCUUUACUU